AUGACUACAAACCGGGAGGUAGCACCGGGACUUGUGAGGAGACCGGAAUGCGCAUACAGGAAAGCGGACGGAAUACGGAUUUUUGCUAUAAUGAAGUCGGGAGUGCAGGUGCACCAUUGGAGCCGGGUGCUGUUCCUAUAUAUGGGGCUACUGGCCGCCUCAGUAAAGGCUCAGAACUGCAGUUACACUCUAAACAGUCCCAAUGGGACGAUAGAGAGCCCCGGCUAUCCGUACGGUUAUCCCAACUACGCCAACUGUACGUGGGUGAUCGUAGCGGCGGAGCACAACCGGAUACAGCUGGUGUUUCAAGGCUUCGCUCUGGAGGAGGACUUUGACAUCUUGUCUGUAUAUGACGGGCCGCCCAGCCCGGGGAACCUGCGAACACGGUUAUCAGGGUUCCAGCUGCCUUCACCCAUUGUGACUACAGGCUCCAGGAUCACACUGUGGCUACUGUCUGACUACGCGGUCAGUGGACAGGGAUUUAAGGCUGUCUAUGAAGCUCUGCCCAGCUACACUUGUGGUAAUCCUGGACAGCUACUCAAUGGCCACCAGCAGGGGUCCACGUUCAACAUUGGGGACAAAAUCCGCUACAGCUGCAGCCCGGGAUACGUGCUCGAGGGUCACACAACCCUGUCCUGCCUCGCCACUUCAGCGGGCACUGCUGCCUGGGAUUUUCCCCUUCCCUACUGCAGAGCGGAUGAUGGGUGUGGCGGGACAUUGCGGGGCCAGAGCGGGGUGAUCACCACUCCCAAUUACCCGUCCGAGUACAACAACAACGCUGACUGCACCUGGACGGUGCUGGCCGAGCCAGGAGACACCAUUGCCCUGGUUUUCUCCGACUUUCAGCUGGAGGACGACUAUGACUUGCUGGAAGUCAGCGGCACUGACGGCUCUUCACAAUGGUUCACUGGCCCCAACCUUCCCUCACCCAUCAUUAGCAGCAAGAACUGGCUUCGGCUGCACUUUACCUCUGACGGCAACCACAAGUUGAGAGGUUUCAGCGCCCAGUACCAAGUUAAGAAGAUGACUGAACUUAAGUCUCGAGGUGUAAAGAUGUUGCCUAGCAAAGACAAUCACCACAAGAUAUCAGUGUUGUCUCAGAUGGGUGUAGCGCAGGGACACAACAUGUGUCCAGACCCGGGCAUCCCAGACCGAGGAAAAAGAAAAGGCACAGACUACGGGCGAGGAUCCACGGUGCAUUUCUCCUGCGACGAGGGUUAUGAAUUGCAAGGAUCAAAGAGCAUCAGCUGUCUCCGAGUCACAGACAGCUACGUGGGAUGGAGUGACGACCGGCCUAUAUGCAGAGCACCGAUGUGUGGAGGUCAGUUGAAAGGACCCAGUGGUGUCAUCACGUCCCCAAACUACCCGGUCCAAUAUGACAACAAUGCUAACUGCACUUGGCUCAUCUCAGCCACGGACAUGACCAAGGUGAUAAAGCUGACCUUUGAGGACUUUGACCUGGAACGAGGCUACGACACCCUGACGGUGGGAGACGGGGAGGUGGUGGGCGACCAGAAGACCGUCUUCCACGUCCUGUCUGGAACCACGACUCCAGACCUUGUGGUUAGCACCAGUCACCAGAUGUGGCUCAACUUCAAAACAGACGACACCAGUGGCUCCCUGGGAUUCAAGGUGUCUUUUGAAGAAAUUGACCAGGGAAGUUGUGGAGAUCCUGGAUUCCCAGCGUACGGAAAGCGAGAAGGGACAGGUUUCCGCCACGGGGACAAACUGUACUUUGAGUGUCUGCCUGCGUUUGAGCUGGUGGGGAAGAAGAACAUCACCUGUCAGAAGAACAACCAGUGGUCGGCGAAGAAACCCAGCUGCGUCUUUUCCUGUUUCUUCAACUUCACCACUCCAUCCGGGGUGCUCCUGUCUCCUAACUACCCUCAGGAGUACGGCAACAACAUGCACUGUGUGUGGCUCAUCAUCAGCAACCCUGAGAGCCGCAUCAAUCUGGCCUUCAAUGACCUCAGCAUGGAGAAACAGUUCGACUUCCUCUCCAUCAAGGACGGGGGAAAGGCGGAGUCUCCUAUCCUGGGCACCUUUUCCGGUAACGUCCUACCUCCUUCAAUAACAACCAGUGCCCACGUGGCCCGGCUAGAGUUCCUGACUGACCACACCUACACAGACAGAGGUUUCAACAUCACCUUUACAACAUUUCGCCAUAACGAGUGCCCAGACCCGGGUGUGCCGGUGAAUGGGAAGCGCUUCGGUGAGAGCCUUCAGCUGGGCAGCUCCAUCUCCUUUCUGUGUGAGGAGGGCUUCGUCAAGACUCACGGCUCGCAGACAGUCUCUUGCAUUCUCAAGGAUGGCAACGUGGUGUGGGAUAAUGCAGUUCCCCGCUGUGAAGCCCCAUGUGGAGGGGAACUGAAGGCUCCCAGUGGGAUCAUCCUUUCCCCCGGCUGGCCAGAACUCUAUAAGGAGGCCCUUAACUGUGAAUGGAUCAUUGAGGCUCCUCCAGGCUACCCCAUCAAGAUCAUCUUCGACAAGUUCCGCACAGAGGUCAACUAUGACAUCCUCGAGGUGCGCGAUGGACGUUUUCCCUCUUCACAUCUCAUUGGCAGUUACCAGGGAACCCAGGUUCCCCAGUUCCUCAUCAGCACCUCCAAUUUCCUGUUUCUCUUCUUCUCAACUGACAAGAGCCACUCGGACAUCGGGUUCCGCAUACGUUACGAAACCCUGCAGCUCCAGUCGGAUCACUGCGUGGACCCGGGUAUACCUGUCAACGGACAGCGACACGGCAAUGACUUCUAUGUGGGAGCCUUGGCGACAUUUACCUGUGACGCAGGGUACACACUUAGCGACACAGAGCCUUUAGAAUGUGAACCCAAUUUUCAGUGGAGCCGCCCCCUGCCUACCUGUGAUGCAUUGUGUGGAGGUUACAUCCAGGGCAACUUUGGCACCAUCCUGUCCCCUGGCUUCCCAGACUUUUACCCACACAACCUGAACUGCACGUGGAUAAUAGAGACCUCCCAUGGCAAAGGCGUCCAAUUCACCUUCCACACGUUCCACCUGGAGAGCCCUCAUGACUUCCUGUUGGUGACGGAGAACGGCAGCUUCUCCCAGCCUCUGUGGAGGCUGAUGGGCUCCACGCUGCCCCCCCCUCUCAGCGCAGGCCUGUUUGGAAACUACACGGCUCAGAUCCGCUUCCUCUCCGACUUCUCUGUUUCCUAUGAGGGAUUCAACAUCACUUUCUCUGAGUAUGAUUUGGAGCCAUGCGAGGAUCCCGGCAUCCCGCCCUACAGUACCAGGAAGGGCCUGCAGUACGGAGUGGGCGACGCCCUCAUCUUCUCCUGUUUCCCGGGUUACCGACUGGAGGGUCCGGCGAGGGUGAUCUGCUUAGGGGGCAGGAGGCGGGUGUGGAGCUCACCUCUGCCAAGGUGUGUGGCUGAAUGCGGCUCAUCCGUGACUGGCAUGCAAGGGGUGCUGCUCUCACCCAACUACCCCGGUUACUACGGCAACUACCACGAGUGCAUCUACUCUAUCCAGACGCAGCCGGGAAAAGGCAUCCAGCUACGAGCACGCGAAUUCAGACUGGAGGAGGAUGACAUGCUGAAAGUCUUUGAUGGCAGCAGUAAUAAGGCUCGUCUGCUGGGGGUGUUUACAGGCAGCGAGAUGCUAGAGACCACUUUGAACACCACCUCCAGCUCCAUGUGGCUGGAGUUUGUCAGCAAUGCGGAUAACACCAGCAAAGGCUUUGAACUGCACUUCAUUAGUUUCGAGCUGGUGAAAUGUGAGGAUCCAGGUGCUCCUCAAUUUGGCUACAAGCGGGAGGACAAGGGUCACUUUGCAGGGAGCACCGUGUCGUAUAGCUGUGACCCAGGCUACACCCUGAAAGGACCCGAGGUGCUCACCUGCCUGAGGGGGGAGAGGAGGUCAUGGGAAAGCCCCCUCCCACUCUGUAUGGCGGAGUGUGGGGGCGCCAUCAAGGACGAGCUUUCUGGUCGUAUCCUGUCUCCGGGCUACCCAGCGCCCUAUGAGCACAACCUGCACUGCAUCUGGACCAUCGAGGCCCCCUCUGGAAGCACUAUUAGUCUGCACUUCCUGGUUUACCACACUGAGGAGGUCCACGACGUGCUUCGGAUCUGGGACGGGCCCCAGGAGGGAGGGGUCCUCCUGAGGGAGCUGAGCGGCUCCUCGCUGCCCCCGGACAGUCACAGCACCUUCAACACCGUCAGCCUGCAGUUCACCACAGACUUCUUCACAAGCAAGCAGGGCUUUGCUAUGCAGUUCUCUGUCUCCACUGCAACCUCCUGCAAUGAUCCGGGCCUGCCCACCAAUGGGACGCGCGGCGGAGACAGCAGGGAGCCCGGGGACCAUGUGGUGUUCCAGUGUGAUCCUGGCUACGUCCUGCAGGGGGCCAACAGGAUCACCUGCACAGAGAUCAAUGGACGCUUCUUCUGGCAGCCUGACCCUCCCACCUGCACAGCUCCAUGCGGUGGGAACCUGACGGGUCCUGCUGGUCUGAUUCUGUCUCCGGAUUAUCCCGAACCUUACCCCCAUGGGAGGGAGUGUGACUGGACAGUUUCCGUCACACAGGACUAUGUCAUCGCUCUUAGCUUCAACCAGUUCAGCUUGGAGCCUAGUUAUGACUUCCUACAUAUCUACGAUGGGCCGGACUCCCUGGGCCCCCUGCUGGGUAGUUUCUAUGGUACAGACGUUCCCGAUCGCAUCGAGAGCAGCUCCAACACGCUCUUCCUGGCUUUCCGCAGCGAUGCUUCCCUCAGCAGCAAUGGAUUUGUGCUGCAGUACAAAGAGAACCCCAGAGAGUCGUGCUUCGAGCCGGGCGUGGUGCGCAAUGGGACUCGGGUGGGCGCCGACCUCAAGCUGGGCUCCACCGCCACCUACCACUGCGACAGUGGCUACACACUAGAGGGAGACCAAACCCUCACUUGCAUCAUGGGGGGAGACGGCAAGCCGAGCUGGAACAAACCCAAACCCAUCUGCAUCGCUCCGUGUGGUGGACAGUACUCGGGUUUGGAGGGAGUUGUCUUGUCUCCUGGUUUCCCUGGCAACUACAGCCAUUCAAGAACAUGUCUGUACACUGUGGUGGUGCCAAAGGAUUACGUGGUCUUCAGUCAAUUCGCCUACUUCCAGACUGCUCUGAAUGACAUUGUGGAGGUUUAUGAUGGGCCGACACAGCACUCCCGUGUUCUCAGCUCCCUCUCUGGAGCACACACAGGCGAGUCAUUGUCAUUAGCAACUUCCAACCAAAUUCUAAUCCGCUUCACCUCCAAAGGCCAAUCGAGCUCCGGAGGAUUCCACUUGGUCUACCAGGCUGUGCCACAGACCAGCGCCACCCAGUGCAGCUCCGUCCCUGAGCCCAGGAAUGGCCGCCGUAUGGGAAACAACUUUGCCGUUGGCGCUGCGAUCCGCUUUGAAUGCACUCCGGGUUAUACGCUGGAGGGGCCGAGUGCCAUCGAAUGUUUGACGGUUCCCAACGCCCUGGCACAAUGGAACACCACCAUACCCAGCUGUAUAGUUCCAUGUGGAGGUAAUCUGACCCAAAGAACCGGCACCAUCUUAUCUCCUGGCUUUCCUGAGCCUUACCUCAACAGCCUCAACUGUGUCUGGAAGAUCACGGUCCCCGAAGGAUCAGGAAUCCAGAUCCAGGUGAUCAGCUUUGUCACAGAGCAGAACUGGGACUCACUGGAGGUGUUUGACGGAGGAGACAACACCGACACCAUGCUUGGCAGCUUCUCAGGCACCACAGUACCUGCGCUCCUCAACAGCACCUCCAACCAACUCUACCUCCACUUUUUCUCUGAUAUCAGUGUGUCUGCAGCUGGGUUUAGGCUGGAAUACAAAACGGUUUCUCUGACCAGCUGCCCAGAGCCUGUGGUUCCUAUGAAUAGCAUCAAGGUUGGGGAGCGUCUCCAGAUGAACAAUGUGGUCUCUUUCCAGUGUGAAACUGGGUAUACUCUACAGGGAAACUCGCAUAUCACCUGUAUGCCGGGAACUGUCAGGCGAUGGAACUACCCACCUCCUCUCUGCAUAGCUCAAUGUGGAGGAAUCAGGGAGGAAAAUGAGGGUAUGAUUCUCAGCCCUGGUUUCCCUGGCAACUAUCCUAGCAACGGUGACUGUACCUGGAGAAUAUACCUGCCAGUUGGAUACGGAGCCAACCUUCAGUUCCUCAACUUCUCCACCGAGGCCAACCACGAUUUCCUCGAGAUACGCAAUGGGCCCCUUGAUACGAGCUUAGUGAUUGGCCGAUUCAGCGGCCAGGAUAUUCCCUCCUCAUUACUCACCACCUCCCACGAGACCACAAUAUAUUUCCACAGCGACCAUUCACAGAACAAACCGGGGUUCAGAUUCGAGUACCAGGCCUAUGAGCUUCAGGAGUGCCUGGAUCCAGAGCCUUUCCGGUACGGAGUGGUGGUGGGGGCUGGCUUCAACGUGGGCCAGUCCAUUUCCUUUGAGUGUCUGCCCGGUUAUCUGCUAAUGGGACAUUCCAUCCUCACCUGUGAGCAUGGCACCACACGCAAUUGGGAUCACCCUUUCCCUCGAUGUGAAGUGCCUUGUGGUUGGAACAUCACAUCAGACAAUGGGACCAUCUUCUCCCCGGGUUACCCAGAGGAGUACCCCAACUCAGUAGACUGCUCCUGGCUGAUCACCGUGGCUCCUGGCUUCGGCAUCAAAGUCAACUUCACCCUGCUUCAGGUUCACGGGCCGCACGACUUCAUCACUGUCUGGGAUGGUCCUCUGGAGACAGCCAGGAAACUGGGAGUGUUCACUGAUGGCGAGCCCAACGAGCCGCCCAGCAGCACAUCCAAUCAGCUGCUCAUUCGUUUCCGUAGUAACACGGAGAAGGGUGGACUAUUCCAAAUCAGCUAUCAAGCGUACAGACUGCAGUUCUGCCUGCCUCCUCCCAUCAUCCCUAAUGCAGAGAUCCUGAUGGCAAGCAAAGAGUUUAAAAUAGGGGAUAUAGUGCGCUACAGAUGUCUUCCAGGCUACCAUUUAAGUGGAAACAGCAUCCAGACCUGUCGGCUGGGGACAUACUUGGAGUUUGAGGGGCCUCCACCCUCAUGUGAUGUGACAUGUCCCAUGAAUGAGAUCCUGACAGCUUCAACAGAUGUCAUCAUGAGCCUGUCACCAGGCAACGGCUUCCCACAUUUCGAGUCCUGCUCCUGGGUGGUCAAAGUGGAGCCCGGCUACAACAUCACCUUCACUAUUGAACAAUUCCAGACCAGCCGUCAGUUUGAUGAGCUCGAGAUCUUUGAUGGCCCAUCCAGACAGAGCCCUCUCCUGAUUACCCUCAGUGGUAAUUAUUCCAGCCCUCUGAGCAUCACCAGCUCCAGUAACAGGGUCUACCUGCACUGGUCCUUCGAUCACACCACCAGCCACAAAGGCUUCCGCAUACGCUACUCAGCUGCCUACUGCAGCCCUCCGAACAACCCUGUAAACGGCACAGUGCACAGUCUGACGGGCACCAAGCUGGGCAGCACCCUGCGUUUCAACUGUGACCAGGGCUUCCGGCUUAUUGGACAGAGCAGUGCCACAUGCACCCGCACAGCUCAGGGGAUCCACCAGUGGAACGCACCAGUGCCACUUUGCCAAGUGAUGUCCUGUGGAAUGCCAGUACCUGCGAUAAACGGCAGUAUUGUGGGCCAGGACUUCUCUCUAGGAGCUACGGCCACGUACCAGUGUAAUCCCGGAUUUCGCCUGGCAGGGCCUGUCACCACCUCAGUGUCAUGUCAGGAAUCUGGGAGGUGGAGCCCCAUUGAGACCCCGCCCAUAUGUAUUUCGGUGACCUGCCCCGACAUCGGCCACUCUGCUGUUGAACAUGGGAGAUGGAGGCUAAUCUAUGGCACUCAAAACCAAUAUGACACUAUAAUGAUGAUCAUAUGUGACCCAGGGUAUUACUACAGGGGUCAAAUGGUCAUUCGAUGCCAGGCCAACAGCACCUGGAACUACCCUGAUCCACGUCCAGUCUGCGAGAUCAUCUCCUGCGGGGACCUUGGGACUCCACCAAAUGGCAACAAGAUUGGAACACUGACUGUGUAUGGAGCCACCGCCAUCUUCUCCUGCAACACAGGGUAUACCUUGGUGGGCUCUCGGGUACGAGAGUGUAUGUCCAAUGGGCUUUGGAGUGGAUCACAGGUCCAGUGUCUAGCUGGUCAUUGUGGCAACCCAGAGCCCAUAGUGAACGGACAGAUCAUUGGGGAGAAUUAUAACUUUCGAGGCAGCGUUGUGUACCAGUGUAAUCCAGGAUUCCGUCUCAUUGGUGUGUCGGUGCGAAUCUGUGAACAAGCUCACGAAUGGUCUGGAAACACUCCUGUCUGUGUCCCCAUCACAUGUGGUCACCCUGGCAACCCUACUUUCGGAUCCACCCAAGGAGCCCAGUUCAACUUGAAUGACGCUGUGCGCUUUGUCUGCAACACCGGAUACGUUCUGCAAGGGGCUGUAAAAUCUAGCUGCCAGUCCAAUGGGCAGUGGAGCAACGCCCUCCCCAGGUGUAAAAUUGUGAACUGCACAGAGCCGGGUCACGUGGAGAACAGCAUCAGGCAGAUACUGGCGAGCGGGCCGCACCGCUAUAGCUUCCAGACCACUGUGUCGUACCGCUGUAACCCCGGAUACUACCUGCUGGGCACCAGCUCCCUGUCCUGUCAGGGGGACGGGACCUGGGACCGCUCCCUGCCAAAAUGCCUAUUGGUGCUGUGUGACCGCCCCAGCAUGCCUCCCUACACCCAGAUCUCAGGCGACCGUCGGACAGUGGGCUCAGUCAUUCGCUACACCUGCAUCGGCCAGCGGAGCGUCGUCGGCAACACAACGCGGAUGUGCCAGCUGGACGGCCAAUGGAGCGGCUCUCCGCCACACUGCUCCGGCGAUUCUGCGGGGCUGUGCGGAGAUCCGGGCACUCCCGUGCACGGUAUCCGUCUGGGGGAAGACUUCACGGUGGGCAGUGCUGUCCGCUUCAGCUGUGAGCCCGGCUAUCUGCUGAAAGGCUCACCAGAGAGGACUUGCCUGACCAAUGGGACCUGGCUCGGCACCCAACCUGAGUGUCAUGUGAUGUCCUGUGGAAACCCGGGAACUCCAAGGAAUGCUCAGAUCCUGAUCCACGAUGGCCUAACCUUUUCCAGAUCCAUUACCUACUCCUGCAGGGAGGGCUACUACUCCACCGGCCUGCUCAGCAGACACUGCACCGUUAACGCGACCUGGACCGGCAACACGCCCGAGUGCUCCGUAAUACACUGUGGUGACCCUGGAGUGCCAGCCAACGGGGUGAGGUCGGGCAAUGAUUUUACAUACAACAACACAGUGAGUUACCAGUGUACACCUGGCUUCACCAUGGACGCUGACAGAGCCUCGACUCUGAAGUGCACCAAGGACCGCACCUGGAAUGGCACCAAACCUCUCUGUAAAGCGAUCGUAUGUGGUCCAGCACCGAUCAUCCCUAACGGACAGGUUGUCGGUACAGACUUCAUCUGGGGCUCUAGCAUCAGCUACUCCUGCAACCAAGGUUACCAGCUGUCCCUGCCCACUGUGUUAACCUGCCAGGGCAACGGCAACUGGAGUGGAGAGAAACCCCAAUGCUUCCCUGUGUUCUGUGGCGACCCGGGGAUGCCAGCCGAAGGGAAGAGGGAGGACCGAGGAUUCACCUACCUCUCCUCUGUCUCCUUCGCCUGCUCCCCUCCCCUCGUCCUUGUGGGCUCCACCAGAAGAUAUUGUCAGUAUGACGGCACCUGGAGUGGCACACAACCCUCUUGCAUAGAUCCCACUCACACUACCUGUGGAGACCCCGGCUCGCCUCUCUUUGGAAAUCAGAACAACUCUCAAGGCUACCAGAUCGGCAGCAUUCUGUUCUUCAGCUGCAGAAAGGGCUACUUACUGCAGGGCUCCAUCUCUCGCACUUGUCUGCCCAUCCUCACUUGGAGUGGUUAUCAACCAGAGUGCAUUGCCCACCACUGCAGCCAGCCGGAGAUGUCGAGCCAGUCUGAUGUGAGAGCCAUCGAGCUGCCGUCCCUUGGCUACACGCUGAUCUAUACAUGUCAGCCGGGUUUCUACUUGGCCGGAGGAUCAGAGCAUAGGACCUGCAGGUCCGAUGGGAGCUGGACAGGGAAACAGCCUCUCUGUGAAGCUGAUAAUCGCUCAAGUGGUAACAGCCCAGUGACAGUGCAGGACCCACCCUCAAAGUUACCAGUCCCUGUUGGGGUUUUCGCUAAGAACUCUCUCUGGAGGGGCUCCUAUGAGUACCUGGGGAAGAAGCAGCCAGCUAUGCUCAGCAUCACUGCCUUUGAGCCCUUCAGCAACCGGGUUAACGGGACGCUCAUCGACCACAGCGGAGUGGAACUCAAACUGUCUGGUACGUUUAAGAAGGAGGAGUCUCAGCUGCUGCUGCAGGUCCACCAGAUCAGAGGCCCUGUGGAAAUCUUUGUCAACAAGUUUAAAAUCGACAACUGGGCCCUCGACGGACAUGUGUCCGACAUCUCUUCAUCCAACUCCUUUGUGUACCAGGGAUUUGUCAGAGGAAAAGGCUUUGGCCAAUUUGGUCUCCAGAGACUCGAGAGUUCAGAUCCCAGCGGAGACAACACAGGAUACAACUUUGCGUCCAACAGCAGCUCAGUGGCGGCAGCCAUCCUAGUGCCUUUUAUAGCCAUGAUCAUUGCAGGCUUCGCUCUGUACCUCUACAAACACAGAAGAAGACCCAAAGUCCCCUUCAAUGGUUACGUGGGCCAUGAGAACACUAAUGGACGAGCUACGUUCGAGAACCCGAUGUACGACCGCAACAUCCAGCCCACGGACAUCCUGGCCAGCGAGACAGAGUUCACCGUCAGCACAGUGUGCACAGCUGUAUAGCAACCGCUUCCUCCAGAGUUAGGGGAGGAAACGUGCACCACAUCUUCGCCUGCCUGCCAGAAGAGGACAUCCAUAGUUCCUCGAGCAGAGGGAAAGACAAAGAAUAUUUUUAUCCGCUGAAAUACAUUCAAGAAACAUCUCCAGUGGCAAAGGCUCUUACGACGAGAGAAAAAAGAAACCAUGUGAAGACAACGACUGUAACAAUUGCCAACGACAAAAUGCUUUUUGUAACUUUACAUGGUUUCUUGAUCAAUUUCCAUUUUUCGAGGAAAAAGCUUCAGCCGGCCGGAGAAACGCUGGAAGCAAAGCUGUGAUGACUUUUCUCACCGCCCUCCGCCUAAACCCUGUAGCUAACAGAGAACUCUGUGCAAGUUAACUGUUAGGCGGACCGCACCGUGUCGGCCUGUGUGAGACGAAGAGAGACAGUCUGGACUGCUUCAGUUCUGUUUUCCAUUUGCUUUGCUUUCCUCUCCUUUUAUGCUGCUUGCUUUCUGUGAUGAGUAAUUGGGAGCCCUGAUUUACCCCAGCUGUCUGCUAGAGGCGGUUGAAAUGUUUCAUCCUCAAGUCUAUGGCUGAUAAUUAAGAAUUCAGUAAGUGUUGAAGGCCAUGUUGGACACACACAUGCCAUCGCUACUUUUUGAGCUAGACUAGACUUUUUUUGAAGCAGUGAUGACAUUCUGCUUGCAGAGGCAGCUGUGUCCAGAGCAGGGGUUAAGAGGUAGCAAAGGCUGCUGAAAAAGCACCUGUGAGGUUGUGGAGAGUCGCUGUGCAUAUGUGUGCUCGUUUCUGCACACAUUCCUAGUGGCUGCAUCUUCAAUCUCCCCAAAAUAUGUCUGUUCUGGCCCCAAAGAUUCCCGUUAACACGACAGAUAAUUGUACUAACAAUUUUCCAUAUUUAUUGUCUUUUCUUUUUGAAAGAAUCUGAGGAUUGGGUUUAGGAUUAUCAAUAUACAUGGAUGUUUUGGACAACUAAAAAACAUAAGGAUACUCAGAGCAAAAGCUGACAUAGAUCCUCUAAGAAACUGAAGGCAGUGUCUCUCUCCAAACUUUCACCCACGUUCUCUUCAUUCAUGUGCAGUCACUUUACAUGUGUGUCUUUGGGUGACUGGGAACAAGACAUGGAUAAAGACAAAUCCUCCUCGCUAACUAAUGCACCUAAAUCAGACGUUAAGAGGCAAAACUCCCACAUUUUAUUUACAGAAGAAUUGUAUGCCAAUUUCGUGCCACUGUCGCUUCCUGUUAAGUAAACAUGGCAACUGCAAUUAGGUUAAUUAAUGUGGAUGUAUAAACUUUUAUGGACAACCGCUGUGAUCUUUCCCUUUCAUUUUCACAAACAUUAGAACAAGUCUGUUGCACCAAACAAGUUACAGAGCAACACAUGGAACUUCAUUUUUUUGUAAAUGCUCAAAGUAUGAUGUCAAAUUCUCCUCUUUUGCCUUCCUUUUUAAUCCCGGAUGUUUCUGCAGCUUGAAGGUGGUACGUUCUGUAUUUUCUAGAGAUCGGUUUGCAGUGUGAGCUCCCUAAACCUGUCCUUAGGAAAACAAAGAUCAAAGUACGGCCACGUUUGCACUCCCUGAAAGUGUACAAGUGAAGGCGCUUGGGUCUGAAGAAUGGAUGAGUCAGUGAUGUGUUCCCUCUGGAUAACAUUCAGGUCUUUUCCUCCAAGUUAACUUCUGACAGCUCCAUCUUUGUGAAAAGCAGUGAAGUUGCCCUGUUCUGUCUCGGCUCAUCAUGGAAAUGUUCCAGAAGGCUUCCUCGGAGCUGUGAGAGCAGGGGAGUUGCUGGCAUACUAAUUACUCCCAUGCAUUAAAUUGGUUUAUGUGAAAGGAAAAACAAGUGUUUAUGCCUCUUAUGCUAACACUCCUCAAAUCUGUGACAACUGAGGAGUGAUAUACCCUAAGUAUUGUUUUGAAAGUGUGACACAAGAGGGAACUGGCUUCAGCUCUAACAACAGGACUGUACCUCUGCUGGCGAAUGAAAUUCAGAGAAACAUUUAUGCUUUUGUGACCCCUUAUAAUGUGUCUAAAAUGUGUAUUAGUGGUGGGAAGACACCCACUGGAUUUCCAACACUCUGCUCCCAGCUAUGUGCCACUUACUAUCUCCAUUUCUGUGUAUCCUGAGCAGGGGUGAAUGGUGCUCAAAUUUCUCGGCAGCAAAUUGACCCAUUACAUGCAAUUUGCUUUCAUUAGCCUUGCUUCAUUGUCAAACCCAUAUCAAAUCCUAAAAUGCACCUUACCAUUACUGCUAACAGGACAGUGGAUUAUGUAAUGUUUGAAAAUUAUAAAUUCAACAUUUCUUUGAUUUGCCAUGUACUUUGUAUCUAAUUUGUGUUAGAAAUAAGGAGAACUGUUUCAUUUUGCAUGGAUGUCUUUGGGGUAAAUGAUGUAAAUGCGAAGUGGCUUACACAGUCAAAACAAAACCUCUAUACCAAUAGAGUCUUUAAAGUCACCUACAGUACAUAAUUUCCCUCAGAAAUCCAGGCUUUUGAAACCAAUCACUGUAUUGUUCCUUCAAUUAGUUUCACCGUGAGUCGGUAAUUGCUUUUACAAUUUGAUGACUUUUAAAGCUCUCGCUUAUCUCGACAGUACAGAUAGAAUAUUGCCCCUUGCCUGCUCUGGUCGUGAAUUGAGGGAAAAGGAAACGAUUGAAUUACCCUGGAGAUUUCACGGGAAGAGGAGCACUUGUGCUCACAUUAUCUUGAAGACACUGUAACUCAGUUCUCAUCGUUGUAUGCAGCUGUUGCAUUGUGCAUUUCAUUUGUUUUUAUUCUGAAGUUGCUCCAAAUAUUUCAGCUGAGUCGAUAGCUCCAUUACAUUUCCGUUAUUUUCAGUUAAGGACACUCUGAAGUGGUGUUUCCGCUCCAUUCAUCCCUCCCAGGGCAACGUUUAGCGUACUUCAACCAACACUUUAUUAAGCUCCGUUGAGUAUUAAAUAAAAAAAGUCUGAUUAGCUGGUGCAAUAGGACAUGAUGCCCGCCGCUCCCUGGAUGGAACUUGUCUAAAUGGCUAUAUUUGGACAGACAUAAUACAGACGCAUAAGCUCAUAGGACUAUGAUUGUUGUUAACCAGAAAGGGCUGAGUCAUGAGACAUUCAGAAAUUGUUUGAAAAGGCCAGAGCACUUUACAUUCAUUUCAGUGCCUUGGUAUGACCCCAUGGUAAGAUGAUAGGAACUUUAUGUCAGACAUUGAAAUUAGAACUCCUCAUUGUUAAGUCCUUGUUUCAUAUCAACCUAUGUAACUCCCACACACAGUCACAUACCUACAAAGAAAACUGGGUGAGCUUGUUAGAAGAAACUGAACAAUCCAUUUUUGCCUCUUUUGCUUUUCCUAAAAGAGCAAUGAGCUCAUUAGUACUGUGUUUCAGUGUGUAAUGGUUCAUGUCUUGGAUGUUCCAUGCUUGCCUAAAUGUUUGGAAGAGUGCUUUUGUUUUGUGUGUUUUUGAGAGUUACCUUUUCUACCAAAGAAUAUUAUUCAAAUCCAGCCAAAUUAGGCCGAUUUACUAAAUGAAGAUAAAUUAUUCCAUUCAGCUUCAUUUGGUUUCACUCUUUAGAAAGGUUUUUAAUGGGCAACAAGGCUAUUUCAAAAUUGUAUUCUGCAGAAUUGGGAGUUUUCACUUAAUGGGCGCUACAUUUUUAGAAAUACUUUCUUUCUAACCCAUCGGAGUUAGUCCAGAAAGUUCUCAAAGAAAGUGCGAUGCCGUUUUAUGAAAAUGAAGAUCAGUGAGCUCCGGAUGGAGCUGUGCUAUAAGAGUUUGAAGAAACUCUUUUUUGAUACUGGCCGGCUACUUCCUGGUUCUCUCUUUGCAUAUUUUAAGACAGAAUCUCUGAUCAUCCAAGGUUCAUAUUCCGUUAUCAGCCAGAGACAGCUCUGAGUUCUCUCCUGCUCACCAUCUCCUCUAUAAUGAAAAAAAAGCAGCGAUGGUCUUUCAGUUCCCCUCGAGUUCACUGAGUAUUCUCACAGACUGAAAGCUUCCUACUUCUUUCUGCAGCUAGUGCUCAAACUCUUCAGCACAGGCCACAGUGUACCAGUAUAAAAAAGUGUAUUAAAAAAUCAAGCAAUCCAUCGGUCAUGCAGUGACAGUGAUUCUGCAUCAGCCAUCAUUUGUCAUCUCCCAUCUUCCAUUGUCAUCGCAGUGUGGUGACGGCUACAGAAAAGCCACAUCCACCUGCUGUUUAGCUCCCAUUCCAUUUCAGUGUCUAGAGGAAGCGAGCAUUGGGGAGAGGGUAAAGAGAUUUGUUUUGAAAAGUUUGGGAACUUAGCUGAUUUGUAUUCUAUAAAUGGAUAGAGCAGUCGACUUGUGGUUGGUGGUCAGAUCUGGGACUUACUGGAAAACUACUGAAUGUAUAUUUCAUUUCUCUUCAGAAUUUAUCUCACUAUACUGUUUUCAAUAUCUGCAAAUCCCACAGCAUCUUCUCUCCUUGCAAGAAAAUCUGCUUUUUCACAGUGUUUCAUCCUUGGAAAUAAAACAGAGUGUCCAAUUUAUCUAGAGUAUAAUAUCGCAAACAUAUUUACAGAAAGCUACUUUUUAUUACUGGAGACUUUAAAUUCCUGUAUUUUUCUCACAGUAAAAAUUCAAAACAAGGUCCAUGUUUAUUUCCUCUUUUCCCUAACACUAUUCAUGCCAGCCCAGCACAUCUCUCAACUAGUCUCUGAGAUUAAAACUAACAACCACCUUUGUCGCCUAGGUGAGAUCAACAAGGCUCUUGAAUGCCAACAAAACAGUAAAAGGCAGAGACUCCGCGUCUAUGUCUUGCGGUACACCAAAAGGGUUACCUGUAAAGAAAUGGACAAACAUGGACUUAAGCAGACUGAGUGUCACUACGGAGAGCAACUAAAGAGCAAAAGUGUCUCUAAGAAAAGAGAAUAUGUUAACGAAUAAAAAACUUUUUUUGUACAGAGAUAUAUUUUUAUGGAAAUACAUUUGUAAUAUAAAAAAAAAAAAUGGAUUGACAUAUAUGUAAAUGUUUUUCUUUUUCAUUAUUGUAGUACAAAUGCUAGUGGGGAGUAUAAGAAAAAUCUCUAUAUAUAAAUAUAUAUAUAUAAAUAUAUACAAAGAAAAAUAGAAACAAGGCUUUUUGUAUAUGUAAAAAAGAUUGUACAUAAAAGUUUACAUACAUACUGUACAUAUGUAAGACCCACCAUGGCUUGUCUGCAAUAUAUAAAAUGUAUUUUAUCCGUCUGUAUAUGAUGCUUUGCAUUGUGUCUAAGCUUAUUCUACUUUCUUGAACUUGAAACUUAUU